GCGCUUGACUUCCGGUGAGCGGAAGGUGCUGGUUAAUCGGGAGUGUAACACUAGAUUGCGAGCGGAGGGUAUGGAUUUAACCAUGGGCCAGUGAGAGCGGCCUGUAUUACACACACAGCCGAUCACUUAUUUCAUCUGUCAGAGUGUCACACAGGACGUGUGAAGUGGUUGUAUUAAUAUUUAGACCGGUCGGGUGAAUCUGCGCGUGCGUUUCAGGAUGUCAAGCAGCGGCUUCGCGUCACAGAAUGGCGCUGGAGGGACGUACGCCAACGGUCCCUCACCGAAUCCUGUUUCACUUUACCCCUCAAAUCAGGGCUACAUGGCACCACCACAGCCAACCUACCUGAACAGCACGCUGGCCAAGGCCCCAACACCACCUGGGCCAAACACCAACCGGCACCAGCCUUCACCUGUCGGCAUGUCCCAGCACUCCCCACAUCAGUCUGCAUCGCCCAAUCACAGACCCGUCCUGACUUCUGCCUCACAGAGCUCCACCACCCCACCAAACAGCUACUACCAGCAUCCUCAGCAGCCUCCCAGCUGGCACUAUGGGGGUGCGUCGCCACCUGCGGCCAAUCACAUUAGCUCUGCUCUGGGCCCAUCAGCGUACAGCAGCGGAGCUAGCACACUUCCAGUCUUCCAGAACACUAUGCAGCCCGUUGGACCAGUGCCGCCCUAUUCCUCUCUGAGCAGCGUUGCUAUGCCUGCGCCACCUGCGCUGAAUGUUUUGGCACCUCAGACCCAUCCGCCGUAUGGCAUCCCACCCACAGCUAUGAGAGGAACCCCGCCUCCACCAGCCGCCGGUGUACCACCACCACCACCACACGCCUACCACAAUGACGCAGGAUCAUAUUCCUCUCAACCAGGACAGAUGAACAGACCGAUGGGCAUGGCCUACCCCUCACUCCAGCCCCCUUCUUACCAGAGCAUGCCAGGCAUGCAGACGUCACCGUAUAUACAGCCUACAGCACAACCAUACCAGCAGCCGUCUGUCGGCACGGCUCAGCUCAGCCCAUCUCUAGCAGCAUUAAGCCUGCAGUCAGAGACCCCAGAGGCCCUGAGGGUAGUCAACCUUCUUCAGGAGCGAAAUCUUCUUCCUCUAGGAACAGUCACAGUACCAACUCCUUGCCUGCCUCAGGACCUGCAGAAACUCAACUGCAGUCCAGAGGUUUUCCGCAGUACUUUAACCAGCAUCCCUCAAACACAGGCGCUACUGAACAAAGCCAAGCUUCCUCUCGGCCUCCUCCUGCACCCAUUUAAAGAUCUUUCUCAACUUCCUGUGGUGACGUCCAGUAAUAUUGUGCGCUGUCGCUCUUGUCGGACAUAUAUCAACCCAUUUGUGUCCUUCAUGGACCAGAGAAAAUGGAAAUGUAACCUGUGUUACAGAGUUAAUGAUGUUCCAGAAGAGUUCAUGUAUAAUCCUGUCAGCAGAUCAUAUGGAACGCCUCAUAAAAGACCAGAGGUUCAGAAUGCAACCAUUGAGUUCAUCGCCCCCUCAGAAUACAUGCUGAGACCACCACAACCAGCCGUAUACCUGUUCAUCCUUGACGUGUCUCACAAUGCAGUGGAGACCGGAUAUCUGGAUGUGGUCUGCCAGACACUUCUGGAGAACCUGGAUGUGCUCCCUGGAGAUACUAGGACAAAAAUCGGUUUCAUCACGUUUGACAGCACUGUCCAUUUCUACAACCUCCAGGAGGGUCUUUCUCAACCUCAGAUGCUCAUCGUGUCGGACAUUGAAGAUGUCUUUAUACCAACACCAGACUGCCUUUUAGUCAAUCUCAAAGAGGGCAAGGAGCUGGUCCAGGAUUUGUUGAAGAGCUUGCCGCAGAUGUUCUGUAAGACGAUGGAGACUCAGUCGGCUCUGGGCCCAGCGCUGCAGUCCGCAUUUAAACUCCUGUCCCCCACCGGCGGACGAAUGUCAGUCUUCCAGACUCAACUUCCCACUGUGGGCGCAGGGGCUCUCAAGCCCAGAGAAGAGGCUGCUCAGAAAACAUCAGCCAAGGACGUCCAGCAUCUGGCUCCUGCUACAGAUUUCUAUAAGAAGCUGGCUCUGGACUGCUCCGGCCACCAGGUGGCUGUGGAUCUCUUUCUGCUGAGCGCACAAUACUGUGAUCUUUCAUCUCUAGGUUGUAUAUCUAGAUACUCAGCUGGCAGCGUCCAUUACUACCCCUCUUAUCACAAGCAUCACAACCCCUCUCAGAGCGAACGCUUCCAGAAAGAUCUCAAGAGAUAUUUGACACGGAAAAUCGGCUUUGAGGCUGUUAUGAGGAUACGCUGCACCAAAGGCAUGUCUAUACACACUUUCCAUGGCAACUUCUUUGUCCGUUCCACGGAUCUGUUGUCUUUGCCCAACGUAAAUCCUGACGCUGGUUUCGCCGUGCAGAUGUCCAUCGACGAGAACCUGCUGGACAUGCAGGCAGUUUCCUUUCAGGCCGCUCUGCUCUACACGUCCAGCAAAGGAGAGAGGAGGAUUCGAGUGCACACGCUGUGUUUGCCCGUUGUCAACUCUCUGUCGGACAUCUUUGCCGGGGCUGAUGUUCAGGCCAUCACUUGUCUUCUGGCUAGCAUGGCCGUGGACCGCUCUGUUUCGGCCAGCCUCAGUGAUGCUAGGGACGCUCUGACAAACGCAGCCAUUGACUCGUUGACGUCUUAUCGCACAUCGGUGCUGACCAUCCAGCAGCCCGGUCUGCUGAUCCCUACCUGUCUGCGUCUCUUCCCUCUCUACAUCCUCGCCCUGCUCAAACAUAAAGCCUUUCGAACAGGUACGAGCGCCCCCCUGGACGAGCGCGUGUUUGCCAUGUGUCAGCUGAAGUACCAGCCGCUGGCGUAUAUCAUGCUCAUGAUACAUCCAGCGCUGUACCGGGUGGAUGAUAUGACCGAUGAGGGUGCUCUGAAUAUCGACGAGCGCACCAUCCCUCAGCCCAGAGCGCUUCAGCUGUCCGUGGAGAAACUGAGCAGGGAUGCAGCGUUUCUCAUGGAUAACGGCACAGUGAUGUAUCUGUGGAUUGGUAGAAACUGCAGCCCCGCUUUCAUCACACAAGUUCUGGGAGUCGAGAGUUAUGCUGCUAUUCCUCAGAACAUGACCCAACUUCCAGAGCUGGACACAUCAGAAUCAUCCAGAACCAGAGCAUUCAUUGACUGGCUGAGGGAACGACGGCCCUUCUACCCCACACUACAUAUCAUCAGAGAUGAGAGUCAACUGAAGGCUGAUUUCAUGCAGAACAUGAUUGAGGAUCGCACUGAAUCGGCGCUCUCUUACUACGAGUUCCUGCUGCAUCUACAACAGCAAGUGUCCAAGUGAGCUGUGUUGAAGCAGAACCACAGCAGUAUUGAGCAGAAACGUUUUUCAGAGCCUCCUGAACACAAUCCCACGUCAAACACUGCCCACUCUGUGUUUUUGUCCCUAAGAAAGGAGAUGUAAUGACUCCAGCGGUUAACAGCUUUCUUAGAAUCAGAUACUCGCAUAUUUAUGUGAAUUUGAGCGCACUGCUUGACGAUAGCAGUCACACUUCCUGACAAUAAAGUAUCAUUUGUAUCACACUAAAAGUGUUGUGCAGGAGUGUUGCUUGCUCUCCAGGACUCGAGCGGACACACAAACCGCUCAUGAAAACUGACCUUGAUGCGGUCAUGAUUAUUGAAAGAUGAGUUUUUAUUGAAGUCAUUUUCAUGGAUGUUUUGGAUGAAGCUGUUUGCCUGUGUUUUUUCGGCACAGGUCUAGUCGGUUGUAAUUUAUUGCCUUUUACUAAAAAAACUACAUUUUAGGGAAAGCAAUUUCAUCAUCUGAUAAUCAGUGCAAUUCUUAAUUCAUUCACAUACAGUUGUAUUAAAACUCAAAGUUUGUCUCUUUCCUUUUAAUUAUUGUUUUAAUUUAAAUUCAAUAUUUGCCUUAAAUGAAGUUUAUUUUGUUGGAAAACCUUUGUUAAAAGAAAUACUUUGUAAGUAUGUAAUAUUUUAAUAGGACAUGGGAAAAUUCAGAUGCUCAACAUUGUGACCUUUAAACAUGAUAUAUAAACCUCUAUUGAUAAACUUAUAUUAUACUAAACAGAUUGUUGAUUUUAGAACAAGCAUUAUUUAGAUCAUGUUAUAUAUAAAAAUAAACUGGUUGGUUCUUUUAAAAA